UAAAUUGUACGCGCUGUAAUAGAGGGAAGAUUUGUGGAACAAGUAGUCUGAUGCCAUGCAGUAGCAGCUUAGCGACGCCGACGCGUUUGAUGGAGAAAACGAACUUUCUGCAGUAGAAAUGUUGAAGGUUUUACCCCCCAAAUCCAACCCAAUUUGUAAGAACGACUCCUCGUUAGCUUUCUUUUGCUCUUCUGGAGCGGUGUCUUCAUCUUCCCCGUAUCUGUCAAAUUUAGUCAGCUCCAUUCUCAAUUCCUCGACCCCACAGCAGGCGCUCAGAAUUUUCAAUUCAGCUUCAAGAAAUGUGAACCCCUCAAAAACCCUCAAACCCCAUUCCGCCAUUGUAAAGUUUCUUGUUGAGGCGAAAUUGUAUGUGCAGGCAAAGUGUUUGAUAAAAGGCCUCAUAGAAACUUUGGGGGAAACACGGAGGCCACACAAAGUGUGUUCCUCCAUUUUCAAUGCGCUUAGCAAAAUUCAGGCGUCGGGGUGCAAUCGUGAUUUGUUUGGAGUGCUGAUCGGUGCUUUAUGUGAGAAGGGUUUAGCUGAGGAGGGGUAUUGGGUGUAUAGCAGGAUGGGAGAAUUGCCUGCAGUGCAGGCUUGUAAUGCAUUGUUGGAUGGCGUUUUGAAGUCGGGUCGCAUCGAAUUCGUGUGGAAAGUAUAUGCUGAUAUGGUCUUGAAAGGCUUGUCGCCGAGUGUCGUGACAUAUGGAAUACUGGUCAAUGCUUCUUGUGAGGGGGGUGAUAUUGUGAAGGCACAGUUGUUGAUUGAGGAAAUGGCCCAGAAGGGAUUGAAGACAGUUGUAGUUUACACAAGCUUGAUUCGUGUGCUGUGCGCUGAGGGUCGAAUGUCGGAAGCAGAGAGUGUUUUUGCUGGAAUGCUGGAUGCUGGUAUGGUCCCGAAUGUCUAUACUUAUUGUGCUUUAUUGGAUGGUUAUGCUAAGAUGGCUGAUGUCGCGAAAGUGCGUAAAUUGUACUAUGAAAUGUUGGAUCGUCGCGUGCUGCCAAAUUUAGUCACAUAUGGCAUUCUUAUAUAUUUGCUUUGCAGAGUAGGGGAGAUCAGGGCAGUUAGGAGCUAUUUUGUUCAUAUGGUGAAGUUAAAUGCCGUUCCUAAUGUUUACGUCUAUAAUUGUUUGAUGGAUGGGUUUUGUGAGGCUCGGGAUAUGUCUUCCGCCAUGGUAAUGUAUAAUGAGAUGGAGAAAUUGGGUAUCUGCCCAGAUGCUAUCACCUAUAGCAUACUUAUGAAGGGUUACUGUCGAAUUGAUCAAGUUGAAGAAGCAGAGAGUUUGUUAUGCAAGAUGAAUGAAAUGGGAUUGACGGCGAAUUCUGUGAUUUACAAUUUGCUGAUCGAUGGACAUUGUAAGGCCGGAAACAUGGUGAAAGCUGUGGAAAUCUGUUCCGAAAUGGUGAACAAGGGGAUGCAGCCGGAUAUUGUUACUUUUGGUACGCUUAUAAAUGGUUAUUGCAAAGCAGGACAGCUGGAUGCUGCAAUGGGGAUAUACUACGAAAUGAAGAUCAAAGGUUUCAACCCCGAUGUUGUUGCAUAUACUGCUUUGAUCGACGGGCACUUCAAAAAUGGUUACACUAAUGCAGCCGUUCAAUUGUACAAAGAAAUGAUAGAUGCUGGGGUUGCUGCCAAUGUUUUCACAGUUUGUUGCGUGCUCGAUGGGCUGUGUAAGGAUGGACGAAUCAAUAAUGCUGUCAAUUUUUUCCUUGAACAAACUGGUUAUGGACUAUCAGCACAUACCGGUCAGUCGGACAACAAUUCAGGAGGCAACUGUUGCCCAAACAAUGUCAUGUACUCAAUCUUGAUCGGGAGUUUGUGCAAAAACGGAAAGGUAUUUAAGGCUAGCAAGUUUUUUAGAGAUAUGCGAAGGAAUGGUCUCCUUCCUGAAUUUUCCAACUAUAUUGCUAUCGUUCAAGGACAGUUUGGCGCUAAGCAUGUCUUCCCUGUGAUGAUGCUGCAAACCGAUAUGCUGAAGAGCGGCGUAUUGCCUAAUGCAGCCAUGUAUAAGGUAUUGAGUAGAGGCUAUCGAGAAAUGAAUUAUUUCGCAUCAGCCCAGCAGUGUUGUAAUGAUUCUGAGAACUUGUGUAUGGAUGAUCCCCGGGUUUCUGUCACAUGAUUGCACUGUAAAAGGUAAGCUAAAGUUCGGGACCGUAGAUUAAACCGAGCAGCAUUAUGCCUCCGGUGAUAAUGGCAUUUUAGGGACGGGUUCUUGGCUUGGUUAUGUAAGAUAUACAGAAAACAUGGAAAUUUGGGAUGCUACAGGUUUUCAGUUCGAGCCGGAUUAUCCCUAAAUCCAAUCUUGCUUUGGCUUCUGCACAAUUGAAACUAGGAAAUGGAAAAGUGAGGACGUGCACCCUCUCCAGAUUCGUUCGAAUUUGCAGGAGAGCUUAAGGUAUGCUUCUGUUCUGCCAAAAGUGUUAUUGAAAUUUUAGUUCUGUGAAGAAUAUGCUCAUCAUGGCUUAUAUAUAUGAGUCUGAGAUAAACUUAGGAAAUGUUUCCAUCGAUCUUCAACUAAGCAAUCGUAAAUUUUAUUUUAUUUUUUGCUUGUUAUAUAUUGAUUUGUCCGACAGUUUGUUUUUGUUAGUUGGCUAGAGAUGUUAUUCAAGUACGAUGUUCUGAUAUGAUUGUGAUAUUUUAUUUUUAAAC